AUGUUCAGAAACAACUACGAUAACGAUUCCGUCACAUUCUCCCCGCAAGGGAGAAUAUUCCAGGUUGAAUAUGCCGCCGAGGCCGUCAAGCAAGGUUCAGUAGUGGUGGGUUUAGUUAGCAAGACACAUGCAGUUCUAGUCGCUAUCAAGCGAAAUGCAGAGGAACUCUCAUCGUACCAGAAGAAAUUGUUCGCCGUAGACGAGCAUGUCGGCCUAGCCAUCGCCGGCCUGACCUCAGACGCCCGUGUCCUCUCCAACUUCAUGAAGCAGCAGUGCCUGUCGCAGCGGCUAACCUACGACCGCGCGAUGCCCCUCGAGACCCUCGUCUCGCUCAUCGGCGACAAGGCACAGCUCAACACCCAGCACUACGGUAAGCGGCCAUACGGUGUCGGUCUGCUAGUGGCGGGUGUAGACGAGGCCGGACCCCACCUAUUUGAGUUCCAGCCCAGCGGUAUGACCCAGGAGAUGAUGGCGUGCGCUAUCGGAGCCCGCUCCCAGAUGGCACGUACCUAUCUCGAGAAGAACCUGGAUAGCUUUGCGGCGUGCGGCCGGGAGGAGCUGAUCCUCCACGGACUGCGCGCCCUGAAGGAGACGCUGGUCCAGGACCGCGCGCUGACCGUCGAGAACACGAGUGUGGGCGUUGUAGGAUUCAAGGAGCCCGGCAAGAAGGGCCUCGAGUUCUUCAAGGUGCACGACGGCGCAGAGGUCAAGGACUGGAUCAACAGCGUAGCAAACGACAACGACGCGAGCGAGGAAGCGGCAGAGGGAGGAGACGGCAUGCAGGUGGAUGAGUAG